AUGGGAAUUUCGAGUAGUCCGCGUAUCUUCACCAAAAUUUUGAAACCGGUGUUUGCUACGUUACGAAGUAAAUACGGGCACUCUUGCCUUGGGUAUAUCGAUGACUCUUUUUAUACUGAGACCACCGCUGUUCGGUGUGAAGAAGCCACAUUUCGCGCAGCUACCUUGUUUUCUCAGUUAGGUUUUAUGGUUCAUUCUACUAAAUCGGUGUUUGAACCUACGCAGAGGUUAGAGUUUUUGGGGUUCCGGUUAGACUCCGUCUCAAUGACUGUUUCGGUGACGAAAGAUAAAGCCGACAGGAUUGUCGUUUUGUGCAAUAAGGUCCUCGCUGGUAGCAGUUUCCCCAUUCGAGACACAGUGUCUUUUGUCGGCACUCUUGUGGCAACUUUUCCCGGGGUUGAAUAUGGACCGCUGUUUUAUAGAUGCCUUUCUCGGGAUAAGGACGCUGCUUUAAGGAAUAGCGCAGGGAAUUUUGACAGUUCCAUGUCAUUAUCAGCAGAGAGUAGAAUUGAGAUUGAAUGGUGGAGGAGGUCCUUACCGCUAGCUGUUAGAAAAAUUGAUCAUGGGCCAGCUCAACGUAUAGUUUACACUGAUGCUUCCCUUAUUGGCUGGGGUGCAAAAUCUAAUGAUUCAGAUACCCAAGGUUUAUGGUCCAAAGAAGAAGCUUUGUAUCAUAUUAAUGUGGUGGAAAUGUUAGCUGUUAAGUUUGCCCUCAAAUCCUUGUUUAGCCAGGUUCACGAUGUCCAUAUUAGAAUCAUGUCUGAUAGCACUACAGUAGUUUCGUAUAUCAACAGCAUGGGAGGUUUCAGGUCCCCGUCGUGUGACUCGGUCGCUAAAAGUGUUUGGCUCUGGGCUAUUGAUAGACACAUUUGUCUUUCGGCUGCACACAUGCCUGGUGUCGAAAAUGCUGAGGCUGACCGUUUAUCUAGAAUUUUUAAAACCGAGUUAGAAUGGCUGCUAAACCCGCGCAUUUUUCAAAAAGUCGUACAUUUUUUUCGGGCUGCCAGACAUUGAUUUGUUUGCGAGCAGACUGAACAAACAGGUUUCGCUUUAUGCAUCAUGGAAACCAGACCCGCAAGCUUCUAUUAUCGAUGCAUUUGGCGCCGAUUGGUCAAAUUUUUCUAAUUUUUAUGCAUUUCCUCCUUU